UUUAGAUUUCGUAGUUUAUUGUAUUUUGUGACUUACAUUUUUAAAUUUUUUGACAAUAUCAUGGAUGAAGGUUAUUAUAAUACGUAUACAAUAUCGGAUUCGGAUUUGUCAAUAAUCGAUGAUUGUCCAACAAAUGAGACUUCAUGUAAAGACAAUGACUGUUUGUUAGCUUCCAAAGAACCAGAAUUUUUUCAACAAGUUAUACAAUGUCAAAAACGAAAAAAAAUAAUAUCUCCAAAAAAAGUUUUACAUCAUAAGGAUCAUGUACAAGAAGAUGUCCAGACUAAUAAAAAUGAUUUUUCUAUUUUAGUCAAACACUCUGAAUCAAAUACUUGUGUACCUAGGACAGAACCAAGUAUUAAUAUUCCUACAAACAAUGAAGAAGCAACUGAAAAGAUAGAACCAAAACGGAAAAAACGUUCAACAAAAGAAGAAAUUGAAGAAAGAAAAAAGGAAGAAAAAGCUAGAAAAGAUGCAAAAAAGAGAUUAGCGGAAGAAUUAAAACGUUUAAGUCCAAAGGAAUGUAUGAAGUAUGUAACUGUUCACAUUGAUAUAAAUUUGAUGAAUCAUGAGUAUAGUGAGCAAAUAAUAUCUGAAAUAGAAUCUACAGACGCAAAAUAUAAAAUUGAAUCAAAUACAACCAUAUUAAAUUCAAUAAUGUGGUCAAGACAACUAUCUGAUAUUGUUAGUGAGAAUGAAAAUUUUAUAUUGUUAAUUUGGGAAUUUGAUUAUGUUAAAAAUCUCAUUGCAUCUUAUGAAUUGUUAAACAAAAUAAAUGAUAUUAAAUUACAUAAAAAACAACUUUCAAUCAUAAUAUAUAGUACUGUUGAUCAACUUAAAAAAAUUAAAUCUAAAAGAAAUGGGAAGACUACUGGUCUAGAUGUGCUGAAUAGCCUUGAACAGAUGAUGUUGAGUUGUCAAGUUUCAUUUCGCUUUGUAGAAAAUAAAAAUGAUUUAGGGUUGGCAAUUCUUUAUUUAACAAAAUCCAUUGCACAAAAGCCAUACAAAUUGAAUAAAUAUAAAGAAGAACAAGAUGGAUGUGAUUGGUAUGCAUCUGGUCAUACAAGAAAUUGUGUAACAGUAGAUAAAAAUGGUACAGGAUUAACUCAACUAUGGAGACAAAUGCUAUCACAAUUCCCACUAUGUGGUCUUGAAACUAGUGAAGCAAUUGCAACAGCAUAUGGGUCACCUAUUGCAUUAUUAGAAGCAUAUGAUAACUGCAGCUCAAGAUUAGAAGGAGAAACAUUGCUACAGGAUAUUCCAGUUCGCCGUGGAUUCGGCCCACUAGCGUCCAAUCGUCGUAUUGGACCAGAACUGAGCAAAAAAAUUUACACAUUUUUCACAGAUAAUACUGGAUGCACUACAUUAUCCCAAGAAUAGUGAACAAUAUUGAAAAAAAAUUAUAAAUAAACAACAUAAACUAAACUAUUUAAUAACAACUUA